AUGGCGGAUAACAAAUCGAAAUUUGUGCCCGACGACGUUAUCUUUGAGAUACUGACAUGGCUUCCGCCGGAGACUCUUAUCCGCCUGAAGACCGUCUGCAAACUGUGGAAUUCGACAAUCUGCGAUUCCAAAUUCAUAAGUAAGCAUCGAUCCAACUUCGGCGACUCCCGACGCAACAAAAACAAUAUCGGCCGCAUUAUAAUCCCCACGACAUCAAUCAGGUUUGGUUCCUUCAAUAUACACAAAACUUUUGUGUUACCAGAACACAAUUUACGUGCAACCUUUGAAAAUGUGGAAUUCGUCAAUGAUUCAGAAGGACCUUUAAGUUUGACAAUUUACGGUUCCUGCAAUGGCGUCCUUUGUUGCAUGUCUGGUUCCAAUCAUCUAAUGGUAUGCAAUCCUUGCAUCGGGCGUUCGAUAUUGAUUCCAAAUUCUCCAUCUCGUUGCUUUCACUUUCGGGGGGAUUUUGGGAUUGGCUACGAUUCAGAAAGAAACGAUUACAAAAUUGUGAAUAUGACCGAAAAGUGUUUGGCACACGUUAGUAUUGCCGAAGUUUUUUCGUUAAAGUCGAAUUCAUGGAAAGAAAUAGAGUCUCCGGUGAAAGAAAUAGGGCUUCCGUGGCGGGAAUUAUUCAUUGUGGGAAUGUCGAUUUAUAUAUCCGGAUUUAUCCACUGGCUUUGCACUUCGUUGAACAAGUCUAAAAUAUUGCGUUUCGACGUUGCGAAUGAAGUUUUUAGCGAGAUGGAAUUGCCAAUGGAGAUUGAUAGGUGGCGCUACGGCGUUGCUUCCAUUGCUGAAGCGAACGGUUUGCUUAGCCUCACGGUUCUGAAGAAAUAUCCGGACAUCUUUGAGGUGUGGACGAUGAAUGAAUACGGAGUUUUGGGUUCAUGGAUUCGACGGUUCGAAGGACGGGUCCCUCAUCAUAGCAAAAUUGUGUCUAUAGGGUUAACUAUUGAAUGCAAAAUUAUGAUGUGCUUGUUAAGUUUUCGUGUGACUAGUAGUGGAUUUUUAAGACAGUAUAACAACAAAUGGAAUAGGGAAGCUAAGGAAAAUAUAUUGCUUGCUGUGGUCGACCUGAAAACGCCGAAUCGUGUCUAUAGCACUCGACUACUUGAUUAUCCUUACCACCGUAUGUUGGCCUUCAAAGCUAGUCUCGAACUUCUUGAUUAUGUUGCGUGA